GAAUCUCUCACAAUCAACGAACAACAACAACGCACAACUACACGGAGUUAACGAAUAAUACUACGAAAAGGGAUCGAAGGCUCAAAAAGGCUUUUGGUUUUGUCACACUUUUCGGCGUGUGACAGGUUCUUUAGAAGACUAGCACUUUUUAUAUCUUACCCGCUCUUAUAUAUUCUCGUGGCUUCGAGACUCAUUCACUGUUUAACACGAGAGGAACAAGCAACACUGGCAGAUCGGGCCGUUGAGUUACAUCUGUUACAUUAUUGUUACUAUUAAAUAUUAUUACGGUUUCCUGUUUUUUUUUCCCUUUCCGUCAGGUCGUUGGCACCUGUAUAUUGAGGGAAAGAAGUCAUACCUCGCGGAAGUCGCACUUUACGGGUGAGUCAAGAUGGGCGUCGAUUACUACAAGGUUCUUGGCGUCAGCCGCAACGCGAAGCCGAACGAGAUUAAAAAGGCCUACCACCAACUUGCCCUCAAGUAUCACCCGGACAAAAACACAGACAACCGCGAAGAGGCGGAGCGCAAGUUUAAGGAAGUGAGCGAGGCCUACGAUGUGCUGAUCGACGAGAAGAAAAAGAAAAUCUACGAUGUGUACGGCGAGGAGGGCCUAAAGGGUGGCGUCCCCGAAGAUGGCGCCGGUGCCGGAGGCGCGGGCAUGAACUUCGGAGGCGGGAUGCCGGGCGGGAUGCACGGCGCCUCCUACCACUUCUCCAACGCCGACGCCUUCAACAUCUUUAAUCAGUUCUUCGGUUCGUCGGACCCGUUUGCGGGCGGUGAGGCCUUCGGCGGGGGUGGCCCGGGUCUGCAUCGCGUCUUCCGCGGCUACGGCGGGCCCGACGGGUUCGCCUCCGGCUUCGGCACGCCGCAGGCGUCGCCGGCCUACGAUGUGCCGCCGAUGGAGUACACCUUCGCCUGCACCCUCGAGGAGAUUUACACGGGCUGCACCAAGAAGUUUAACGUGUCACGCAACAUGCCGUCCGGCACGGAGAAGAAGACGUUUGAGGUGAAGGUGCUGCCGGGGUACAAGAAGGGCACGAAGAUUCGGUUUGAGCGGGAGGGCGGCCGUGUCGAGGGCUACCCGCCGAAUGUGCUGGCGGACAUGGUGUUCAUACUCGACGAGCGGCCACACCCCCGCUUUGAGCGCCGCAACGCGGACCUCUACACGACCCUGCACAUCAACCUGAAGCAGGCGCUGCUGGGUAGCACGGUGACGGUGAAGGGCGUGGAUGGCCAGUCCAUCUCUCUUCCUCUGACGGGUGUGAGCAGGAACGGCCGGAAGCUGCGGGUGAGUGGGUCAGGCAUGCCGGACCGCAAGACAGGCCGUCGCGGCGACCUGUACGUGACGAUCGAGGUGGAUAUGCCGGAUUCCCUCACCGAGGACACGAAGCGACUGGUGGAGAAGUGCACCUUCUAACUGGGUGUCCUCUUUCCACUGCUGAUCAACAGGAAAAAGAUAAGGCUGCUCUUCAUCAUGACCCUUUUUUUUUCUUCAGAAAAGGCUGAGAAGGAAUGCUCGUCGUGGGCCGUACUCUUGAACAGGUCAUACACAUCUAAACCGCACUGUCCUUGCUUUACCAUUUGUGCUCAAAAGGCUGUGGACCACUUUGCAUUCUCUUUUUUCUCCCUUUUUACCUUCUCGCAUGACAGCUCCCCAUUUUUUCUUGUGUUGUUGUGCUUGUGUGUGCAAGAACACGGCCACCAUUGCGACGCAGCACCAAAUGGUCAACCCAUGCGUUUUUGAUGUGUUUCUGUGUCCAGGUCUUUGUUUGCCGCGCCAGUGGCACGUUCUCUUUUCUUCAUCAUAUAUAACUCUCGUUUUACCCCUUUUCACCGUGUGGAUCGUUUAGUAUUAUUAUUUUUCCCCUUUCCCUCUUUCGGGCACGUUUGUUGUAAGAAACGUCGCUGUUGCCUUCGUUGUUCGCUCGCUUCACGUACAUGCAUCGAAAAGUGUGCGCCGCCCAUCGCUGAUGAAGCGACAACGACAUGCUCGCGAAUACGCAAGCAAACGUUCAGCCACCAC